CGCAAGCCACGACGACACACGCGCUCGCUCAUCACGUCAAUGGAUCAAAGCCUAGGCGACCAAGAAACAGGCCAGUCAGGUGACGUAUCCAUGGACUCGUCCGACUGGAAGUCGUCAUCCCAAGACGACGAUUGGUACGUAUCUUUUAUAGUUAUGCGGUUUUCAUGUCGUUUCGUCGCCGCCCGCCAUCUUUCUUUUUUGUUUUUUCUAUUUUUAGCAAAAUUUUCGUAGGAGGCUUGUCUUGGGACACUACCCGUGAAUCUUUGAAAGACUACUUUAGCAAGUAUGGCGAGGUGUUGGAUGCCAACAUCAAGUUUGACCCAGCGACAAAGAAAUCGAGAGGUUUCGGUUUUGUUCUCUAUUCCGAGUCGGCGGCUGUGGAUCGAUGCUUGAAUCAAGGAGAGGCCCAUUGCCUUGAUGGCAAGGAGGUCGAUCCAAAACGGGCAGAGCCGCAUCAACACAAGGGGCCCAUCAAUCCUCGUGCUAGAAAAGUGUUUAUUGGUGGUUUACACGAAUCGAUAUCUGAAGACAUGAUUCGGCAUCAUUUUUCCCGAAUAGGAAACGUUGGAGAGAUCGAGAUGCCCAUCGACAGAAGCACACAAAAGCGACGAGGCUAUUGUUUUGUGGCGAUGGAAACGGAGGAUCAGGUUUCUGUGGCCAUACAGAAGCGUUUUCAGGAGAUCAGUGGAUACACAGUUGAGGUAAAGAAAGCUAUCCCUGAUGAGAAACGAGAGUCUCGUGGAGAGUGGAGUGGACGGGGGCGUGGCAGAGGCGGAGGGUUCAACCGCGGUGGCGGCGGUGGCUGGGGAGGUGGUGGCGGCGGCGGCGGCAGCAGCAGCAGCUGGGGUGGUAACCCAUACGGUCAGUCGACGUAUUACAACCAUACGUAUCAGCCUUCAUAUCAACCGAGUUACGGCGGAUAUUACGAUAAUUUCUAUGGAGGAUUCGGUGGCGGUGGCACUUACCAGGGAUAUGGUGGCGGUGGAGGAUACGGACAGUACCAGGGGUACUAUGGAGGGGGAGGCAGUGGCAGUAGAAGCAGGGGAGAUCCAUAUCAACAAGGCGACUACAGUCGUUAUGGACCGAUGAGAUCGUUCGGCGGCUCUCACUACCAUCGUCAGUAUCCGUAUUGAUUGCUUGUAGACAUAAGAAUCAUGCAACACACAGCUGUCGUCAAUUGAUACACUAAACAUUCGUAUAGUAUGCUACUCUGCGUGUUAAUCAUUUCGUGCCCAUGUAUUCCAUGAUUUGCUGCUGCGUAUUAUAACAUCAUCCAGUAGA